GCUUUUUUUUAAAAAACACCCUCUUCGCUCCCGCACUUCAUUCAGCCCUCUCGCGUGAAACGGUCUUCUCAGCCGGACCAACCCCCCCACCCCCCAUGUGCGCUGUCGACCUCCAGCAAGGCGCAGCACGGAGCCGCCCUGGCCCACCCACCCACCAGGAGAUCCAGCGAACCAGUUCAUCUUCGGCUCUCUCUCUCUAAGCCUCUUCUAACUUUUCUUACUCCAUCAGGGGGACCCGAGCCGAGAUGAGUCGCAGUGGACCAACACUAAACUAAACUGAUCCUUUCAAUUCAUAAGCAACUCACAGCACUGUCUUGACCACUUGGCCUCCCCCUCUGAAAGCAGUGAAAGACAGCCCCCUUCCCCCGGUGUUUUACUUUCUCCCUUUUCCCUUACUCCUGGCGGGUUUACGCGGUUGGCACCGUCCCAUCCGAGUUUUCCCUUUUCUUUUUUCCUCCCUUCUUCCACUUUUACGCGCUCAGCCCGCGUCCACUCAACUCCGAAAAAAAGGUGGUACUCAAACCGCGAAACAUGCUGAGCAAUACGUACUACGAGCAGCAGCAGCAGCAGCCUGCUCCGCAGUACUACCAGGGCACCACCAACAACGGCGAGGAGGAAGAGGAGAUGCCCGCCACGGAGAAGGACCUGGCGGAGGACGCGCCGUGGAAGAAGAUCCAGCAGAACACCUUUACGCGGUGGUGCAACGAGCACCUCAAGGGCCUCAGCAAGCGGAUCAACGACCUGCAGAAGGACCUAAGCGACGGGCUGAAGCUCAUCGGGUUGCUGGAGACGCUGAGCCAGAAGAAAAUGUACAGAAAGUACCACUUGAGACCCAACUUCAGGCAGAUGAAGCUGGAGAACGUGUCCGUGGCGCUGGAGUUCCUCGAGAGGGAACACAUCAGGCUGGUCUCCAUAGACUCCAAAGCCAUCGUGGACGGGAACCUGAAGCUGAUCCUGGGUCUGAUCUGGACGCUGAUCCUGCACUACUCCAUCUCCAUGCCCAUGUGGGAGGACGAGGACGAGGAGGACGCCCGCAAGCUGACCCCCAAGCAGCGCCUGCUGGGCUGGAUCCAGAACAAGGUGCCCCAGAUGCCCAUCAACAACUUCCACCGCGACUGGAGGGACGGCAAGGCCCUGGGCGCCCUGGUGGACAACUGCGCCCCCGGCCUGUGUCCGGAUUGGGAGACGUGGGAUCCGAGCCAGCCCGUCGAGAACGCCCGGGAGGCCAUGCAGCAGGCAGACGAUUGGCUGGGAGUGCCCCAGGUCAUCGCCCCUGAGGAGAUCGUGGACCCCAACGUGGACGAGCACUCGGUCAUGACCUACCUCUCCCAGUUCCCCAAGUCCAAGCUGAAGCCCGGGGCGCCCCUCAGAGCCAAGACCCUCCACCCCAAGAUGGCCAAGGCCUAUGGACCGGGCAUCGAGCCCAGGGGCAACAUCGUGCUGAAGCCCGCCGAGUUCCUGGUGGAGACGGUGGAGGCCGGGCUCGGGGAGGUGCUGGUCUACGUGGAGGACCCCGAAGGACACACCGAGGAGGCCAGAGUGAUCCCCAACAACGACAAGAAGAGAUCCUACUCCGUGGUCUACCUUCCCAAGGUGGAAGGCCUGCAUAAACUGAAGGUGCUCUUCGCCGGGCAGGACAUCGACCGGAGCCCCUUCAACGUCAACGUGUCCAAGGCCCUGGGGGACCCCAACAAGGUGCAGGCCCGCGGCCCUGGGCUGGAGCCCCAGGGCAACGUGGCCAACAAGCCCACCUACUUUGACAUCUACACCGCAGGGGCCGGCGCAGGGGACGUGGGCGUGGUCAUCGUGGACGCCAACGGCCGGCGCGACACGGUGGAGAUCGUGCUGGAGAACAAGGGGGACAGCGUGUUCCGCUGCACGUACGGCCCCGUGCUGGAGGGGCCCCACGUCGUCCACGUCACCUUCGCCGGCCAGCAGGUCCCCAGGAGCCCCUUCACCGUCCACAUCUCAGAAGCGUGUCGCGGCCUUGACCCUGGGCGCCCGGAACCUUCCUCAGCGCCGCAGAGCGGCCCGGCUCCACCGCCGCACGCCCCCCCGCCGGGGCGCUCCCCGUCCGCUGAUAGGGCGAGGGCCAGAGCCCCGCCCCCAACGCCGCCCAAACCCCGGCGACCAACCUGCAACCCCAACGUGUGCCGGGCCUCCGGCCGAGGCCUCCAGCCCAAGGGGGUCAGGGUGAAGGAGGUGGCCGACUUCAAGGUCUACACCCGGGGCGGCGGCAGCGGGGAGCUGAAGGUCACCAUCAAGGGACCCAAGGGCCAGGAGGAGCCGGUGGCGGUGCGCAGUGCGGGCGACGGCGUGUUCGACUGUGACUACUACCCGGUGGUCGUGGGGAAGUACCUGAUCACCAUCACCUGGGGGGGGCACAGCAUCCCACGCAGCCCGAUGGAGGUGCUGGUGAGCGAGGAGGCGGGCCCCCAGAAGGUGCGGGCGUGGGGCCCCGGCCUGGAGACCGGCCUGGUGGGGAAGAGCGCGGAUUUCGUGGUGGAGGCCAUCGGCACCGAAGUGGGGACCCUGGGCUUCUCCAUCGAGGGCCCGUCCCAGGCCAAGAUCGAGUGCGACGACAAGGGUGACGGCUCGUGCGACGUGCGCUACUGGCCCACGGAGCCCGGCGACUACGCCGUGCACGUCAUCUGCGACGACGAGGACAUCAAGGACAGCCCCUUCAUGGCCCACAUCCUCCCCGCCGCCAACGACGUCUUCCCAGAGCAGGUUCAAUGCUACGGCCCAGGCCUGGAGCCGACCGGCUGCAUCGUGAACAAAGCGGCGGACUUCACCAUCGAUACCCGCGGAGCCGGCAGAGGAGAGCUGAGGCUCUACGCCCAGGAUGCGGAGGGCUUCCCUAUCGACAUCCAGAUCACGGACAACGGCGACAGCACCUUCCUCUGCGUGUACAUCCCCAGCAAGCCUAUCAAACACACGCUGAUCAUCACCUGGGGGGAGGUCAACGUGCCCAGCAGCCCCUUCAGGGUGAUGAUCGGGGAGGGCAGCCACCCGGAGAACGUGAAGGUGUACGGCCCCGGGGUGGAGAGGGCCGGCCUGAAGGCCAACGAGCCGACCUACUUCACCGUGGACUGCAGCGACGCCGGCCAAGGGGACGUCAGCAUCGGGAUCAAGUGUGCCCCCGGGGUGGUGGGUCCCGCGGAGGCCGACAUCGACUUCGACAUCAUCAAGAACGACAACGACACCUUCACCGUCAAGUACACCCCCCCCGGCCCCGGGAAGUACACCAUCAUGGUGCUGUUCGCUGAUCAGGAGAUCCCGGUCAGUCCCUUCCGGAUCAAGGUGGACCCGUCCCACGACGCGGCCAAGGUCCGGGCGGAAGGGCCCGGCCUCAGCAAGACAGGCGUGGAGGUGGGUAAGCCCACCCACUUCACCAUCUUCACCAAGGGGGCGGGCAAGGCCACGCCCGAGGUCAGCUUCGCGGGGGCCCUGAAGGGGGAGGCCGUCCGCGACUUCGAGAUCAUCGACAACCACGACUACUCCUACACCGUCCGCUACUCGGCCACGCAGCAGGGCGCUGUGGUCAUCACAGUGUCCCACGGCGGGGACCCCAUUCCCAAAAGCCCCUUCAACAUCUCAGUGGCCCCGCCCCUCGACCUCAACAAGAUCAAAGUGCACGGACUCAACAACAAGGUGGACGUGGGGCUGGACCAGGAGUUCAGCGUCAGCACGCUGGGCGCCGGCGGCCAGGGCAAGCUGGACGUGAAGAUCACCUCGCCCUCGCGCCGGCCAAUCCCCUGCAAGCUCGAGUCGGGCUCGGCCAAUGAGGUGACCACGGUGAAGUACAUCCCCCCGGAGGAGGGGCCGUACCGGGUGGACGUCACCUACGACGGGAACCCCAUCCCGGGCAGUCCCUUCACCGUGGAGGGCGUGAUGCCCCCGGACCCCUCCAAGGUGCGCGCCUACGGCCCGGGCCUCCAGGGGGGGGUGGUGGGCAAGCCGGCCCCCUUCGCCAUCGACACCAAGGGGGCGGGCACGGGGGGCCUGGGCCUGACGGUGGAGGGGCCCUGCGAGGCCAAGAUCGAGUGCCAGGACAACGGCGACGGCUCCUGCUCCGUGUCCUACCUGCCCACCGAGGCCGGCGACUACGCCAUCAACAUCCUGUUCGCCGACCAGCACAUCCCGGGCUCGCCCUUCAAGUCGGCGGUGCGGCCCGCGUUCGACCCCUCCAAGGUGACGGCCAGCGGGCCGGGCCUGGAGCGCGCCAAGGAGGACGAGGCGGGCGCGUUCACCGUGGACUGCUCCGAGGCCGGCGAGGCGGAGCUGUCCAUCGAGAUCGCGUCCGAGUCGGGCGGCUCCCGGGCGGAGGUGUGCGUGACGGAGAACGGCGACGGGACGUACUCCAUCACCUACACGCCGCGCUGCCACGGCGCCUACACCAUCACCAUCAAGUACGGCGGGCAGGCGGUGCCGCGGUUCCCCGCCCGCCUGCAGGUGGAGCCGGCGCUGGACACCAGCGGGGUGACGGUGUACGGGCCGGGGGUGGAGCCCAGAGGCGUGCUGCGGGAGGUGACCACCCACUUCGUGGUCGACGCCCGUGCGCUCUGCACGAGCGGCAGCAGCCGCAUCAAGGCCCUGAUCACCAACCCGUCGGGCGCCGUCACCGACGCCUACGUCACCGACAAGGGCGACGGCACCUACCGGGUGGAGUACACCGCCUACGAGGACGGACUCCACCUGCUGGAGGUGCUGUAUGAGGAGGUGGGGGUCCCCCAGAGCCCCUUCAGGGUGAUGGUGAUGGAGGGCUGCGACCCCAGCCGGGUGCGGGCCUAUGGGCCGGGCCUGGAGGAGGGGCUGGUUAACAAGCCCAACCGCUUCACCGUGGAGACCAGGGGGGCCGGUACCGGGGGUCUCGGUCUGGCCAUCGAGGGCCCCUCCGAGGCCAAGAUGUCCUGUAAGGACAACAAAGAUGGCAGCUGCAGCGUGGAGUACAUUCCCUUCACCCCCGGGGAGUACGACGUAAACAUCACCUUCGGAGGCCUGCCCAUCCCAGGCAGUCCGUUCCGCGUGCCGGUCCGGGAGCUGGUGGACCCGGGGAAGGUGCGGUGCUCCGGCCCGGGGUUAGGCAGUGGGGUCCGGGCCCACGUCCUCCAGACCUUCACCGUGGACUGCAGCAAGGCCGGCCUGGCCCCCCUGGAGGUGCAGCUGUACGGGCCCACCGGUGUGACCGAGCCGGUCAGCGUGACCGACAACGGCGACGGGACGCACACAGUGACCUACACGCCCGCAAAGGACGGCCCCUACACCGUGUGUGUGAAGUACGCCGACCAGGAGGUCCCACGCAGCCCCUAUAAGAUCAAGACGCUCCCGGCUCACGACGCCAGCAAGGUGCGGGCCAGCGGUCCGGGCCUCAACUCUUCCGGCGUUCCGGCCAGCCUUCCCGUGGAGUUCACCAUCGACGCCCGCGACGCUGGCGAGGGCCUGCUCACCGUCCAGAUCCUGGACCCAGAAGGGAAGCCCAAGAAGGCCAACAUACGGGACAACGGGGACGGGACCUACACGGUGUCCUACGUCCCCGACAUGGCGGGCCGCUACACCAUCACCAUCAAGUACGGCGGCGACGAGAUCCCCUACUCGCCGUACCGCAUCCACGCCCUGCCCACCGGCGACGCCAGCAAGUGCCUGGUCACAGUUUCUAUUGGAGGACAUGGAUUGGGCUCGGGUCUGGGCCCCACCAUUCAGAUCGGCGAGGAGACGGUGAUCACGGUGGACGCCAAGGCGGCCGGGAAGGGCAAGGUGACGUGCAAGGUGUCCACGCCGGACGGCGCCGAGCUGGACGUGGACGUGGUGGAGAACGCCGACGGGACCUUCGACAUCUACUACACCGCGCCCGAGCCCGGCAAAUACGUCAUCACCAUCCGCUUCGGAGGGGAGCACAUCCCCAACAGCCCCUUCCACGUGGUGGCCAGUGACACCGCCCCUAUAAUAGAGGAGCCGUGUGACAUGCUGCAGAUACAGCAGCCCUACGCGCCCUACGUAGGCUCCGCCCCCCACUGGGCCACUGAGGAGCCGGUAACCGCGGGCGACGGCAUGGAGCCCAUCCUGCGGCCGUUCAACCUGGUCAUCCCCUUCACCGUGCAGCAGGGAGAGAUCACCGGGGAGGUGCGGAUGCCGUCAGGCCGGACCGCCCAGCCCCACAUCACGGACAACAAGGACGGCACGGUGACGGUGAAGUACGCCCCCACGGAGAAGGGGCUGCACGAGAUGGACAUCAAGUACGACGGCAACCACAUCCCAGGGAGUCCGCUCCAGUUCUACGUGGACGCCAUCAACAGCGGACACGUGACGGCGUUCGGACCGGGCCUGAGCCACGGGACCGUCAACCGGCCCGCCACCUUCACCAUCGUCACCAAGGACGCCGGCGAAGGCGGGCUGUCUCUGGCCGUAGAGGGCCCGUCCAAGGCGGAGAUCAGCUGUAAGGACAACAAGGACGGGACGUGCACCGUGUCCUAUCUGCCCUCCGCCCCCGGCGACUACAACAUCAUCGUCAAGUUCGACGACAAACACAUCCCCGGCAGCCCCUUCACCGCCAGGAUCACCGGCGACGAGACCAUGCGCAUGUCACAGCUCAACGUCGGCACGGCGACGGACGUGUCGCUGAAGAUCACAGAGACGGACCUGAGCAGCCUGAUGGCGACCAUCCGGGCGCCGUCGGGACACGAGGAGCCCUGCCUGCUGAAGAGGCUGCCCAACCGCCACAUCGGCAUCUCCUUCACGCCCAAGGAGGUGGGCGAGCACGUGGUCAGCGUGAAGAAGAGCGGCAAGCAUGUGACCAACAGCCCCUUCAAGAUCAUGGUGGGCCAGUCGGAGAUCGGAGACGCCAGCAAGGUCAAGGUGCACGGGCAGGGGCUGGUGGAGGGACACACCUUCGAGGUGGCCGAGUUCAUCGUGGACACCAGGAACGCAGGUUACGGGGGCCUGGGGCUGUCGAUCGAGGGCCCCAGUAAGGUGGACAUCAACUGUGACGACGUGGAGGACGGGACCUGCAAGGUGACCUACUGCCCCACGGAGCCCGGGAACUACAUCAUCAACAUCAAGUUCGCCGACCAGCACGUCCCAGGCAGCCCGUUCACGGUGAAGGUGUUCGGCGAGGGACGCAUGAAGGAGAGCAUCACCAGGAAGAGGCAGGCCUCCUCCAUCGCCACCGUGGGCAGCACCUGUGACCUCAACCUGAAGAUACCAGGUAACUGGUUCCAGAUGGUGUCGGCCCAGGAGCGGCUGACUCACACCUUCACGCGCAGCAGCCACACCUACACCCGCACGGAGCGCACGGAGAUCAGCAAGACGCGCGGCGGGGAGACCAAGAGGGAGGUGCGCGUGGAGAAGAGCACCCAGGUGGCCGCGGACCCCUUCGGGGGCACCGACCCCUUCGGAGACUUCCUGGGGCCCGAGGGCCGGACCGGCUUCAGCGGCAUGCAGAGCAGCCGGCAGCAGCUGCAGGAAGGUGAGAGUGGGGGGGGGGCGGGGGAGAUGACGGCCCAGGUGACGAGCCCCGGCGGUCAGAUCAAGGAGGCGGAGAUCGUCCGCGGCGACGACAGCACCUACAGCGUGCGCUUCGUUCCCACGGAGAUGGGCGCGCACACCGUCAACGUCAAGUACCGCGGCCAGCACGUCCCCGGCAGCCCCUUCCAGUUCACCGUGGGGCCCCUGGGCGAGGGGGGGUCCCACAAGGUGAGGGCCAGCGGCACGGGGCUGGAUAGAGGCGUCGCCGGGAUACCGGCCGAGUUCAGCAUCUGGACCCGGGAGGCCGGGGCUGGGGGUCUGUCCAUCGCCGUGGAAGGGCCCAGCAAGGCGGAGAUCACCUUUGAGGACCGGAAGGACGGAUCCUGCGGUGUGGCCUACGUGGUACAGGAGCCGGGCGACUACGAGGUGUCCAUCAAGUUCAACGACGAGAACAUCCCCGACUCGCCGUUCGUCGUCCCCGUCGCCACGCUGGCGGACGGCGCGCGGGCUCUGACUGUCACCAGCCUGCAGGAGCUGGGUCUGAAGGUGGGCCAGGAGGCGUCCUUCGCGGUGCAGCUGAACGGAGCGCGGGGAUUGGUCGACGCUAAGGUCCACACGCCCUCGGGGGCGAUCGAGGAGUGCUACGUCACCGAGCUCGACAGCGACCAGUACGCCAUCCGCUUCGUCCCACGGGAGAAUGGCGUCCACUCCAUCGACGUGCGUUUCAACGGCAGCCACGUCCCGGGGAGCCCCUUCAACGUCCGCGUGGGCGACCCGGGCCAGGCCGGGGACCCGGGCAUGGUGUCGGCCUUCGGACCAGGGCUGGAGGGGGGUUCCACGGGCGCGGCGUCGGAGUUCUUCGUGAGCACGUGCAACGCGGGCUCGGGGGCCCUGUCGCUGACCAUCGACGGGCCCUCCAAGGUGAAGAUGGACUGCGUGGAGGGUCCCGAGGGGUACAGGGUCACCUACACCCCCAUGGCCCCGGGGAGCUACCUCAUCUCCAUUCGCUACGGGGGCCCCCGCCACAUCGUGGGGAGCCCCUUCAAGGCCAAGGUGUCAGGUGCCUGUCUAUCCGGGGGCCACAGCCUCCACGAGACCUCGUCCGUGCUGGUGGAGACGGUGACCAAGUCCUCGCAGGCCGCCAUCGUGGGGGGCUUCCCUUCGCUGCCAAAAUUCUCCUCCGACGCCAGCCAGGCCGUCUCCAGGGGGGCGGGGCUCUCCAAGGCCUUCGUGGGCCAGAAGAACAUGUUCACCGUGGACUGCAGCAAAGCAGGUACCAACAUGCUGAUGGUGGGCGUGCACGGGCCCAAGACGCCGUGCGAGGAGGUGUACGUGAAGCACAUGGGCAACAGGAUGUACAACGUGACGUACACCGUGAAGGAGCAGGGCGACUACAUCCUCAUCGUCAAGUGGGGCGACGACAACGUGCCGGGCAGCCCCUUCUACGUCACCGUGCCCUAGGACAAACCGAAGGGAGCGACACGUUUUGUGUAUUUGAGUCGUUUUUUUACUUCCCUUCUGUACCUCGACAAGCAGAACCGGGGAAGCCGUUCAAACCGUUCAUUCAUUUCUCUGAUUUAAUUUCCCUUUUAUUUGGGUUAACCCUGGCCAGAAUAGCAGAAGUUAAAACUCUAAUUGGGUCUGAGCUAGGAAGGUCAGGAGGGGGUGUGAAGCUGUAAUGCGGUGUAAACAACGUUGUUUUUGUUUCUUUGGAAACGGAUACUAAACUCAUUCUACGGAAACCUAGACUCC